UCGGAUGGGACUAUCCUGGCUAUCGCGUUGCUGAUCCUCUUCCUCCUGCUGGCCCUGGCCCUUCUCUGGUGGUUCUGGCCUCUCUGCUGCACAGUGAUCAUCAAGGAGCCGCCGCCGCCGCCCGCGGAGGACAGCGAGGAGGAAGACGAUGACGGCCUUCCAAAGAAGAAGUGGCCAACAGUAGAUGCUUCUUACUAUGGUGGCCGAGGAGUUGGUGGCAUCAAGCGGAUGGAGGUGCGCUGGGGUGAAAAGGGCUCCACGGAAGAAGGUGCUAAGCUGGAGAAAGCCAAGAACGCCCGAGUCAAGAUGCCAGAGCAGGAAUACGAGUUCCCCGAGCCCAGGAAUCUUGGGAACAACAUGCGCAGGCCCUCCUCUCCUCGGAAGUGGUACUCUCCAAUCAAGGGGAAAUUGGAUGCUCUCUGGGUCUUGCUGCGGAAAGGCUACGACCGAGUGUCCGUGAUGCGCCCGCAGCCAGGAGACAAGGGGAAAUUGGAUGCUCUCUGGGUCUUGCUGCGGAAAGGCUACGACCGAGUGUCCGUGAUGCGCCCGCAGCCAGGAGACAAG